AUGCCGUCUCUAAAUAUGAGCGCAUUGCCUUCGCUGCGCAAACAGCAGCUCCUCUCCGAAUUCGCUGGACUCAAGCAGGCUUGUCCCGAGGGCAUGUUUGUUAGUCUCACCCCAGGAGAUGCCACACUCUGGUCCGGCGUACUCUUUGUUCGCAAAGGACCCUACUGCCCUGCCAUACUCAGAUUUCAAAUAUCUUUCCCCGACUCGUAUCCUCAGCUUCCGCCCCUAGUCGUCUUCACGACUGACAUGUUCCAUCCUCUUAUCACACCUUUAACAACAUACAUGUACACAACCGACAUCCAAGAAAGCGGCACCGUGAGCGCAUCGGAUCAGGAGAGAUUACCACCCGGAGGAUUCAGCUUGCGCCAUGGUUUCCCGGAUUGGUUCGGACGAGGUAGACGGAGCAUGGCAGAGGCGAGACAUACCGACCAACAGCGCCUAACAAGCCCCGACGCUGGUGCAAGCAACUCUACAACACCAGCAGUACAAGAAACACCCGCAUACAUGCGCACUGGGCACAAGAGUGUUUCGGCUUAUGAAGUCCUACACUACAUCCGCAGCGCCUUUGACGACGAAGCGGUUCUAGACUCAGUACCCCUUGCAGCAGCAGGAAACCCAGGAGCAUGGCACGCAUGGAGGACGCACCGAAAAGCAACAGGAAAGCUCGUAGAGGAUGAGACAACAGAAGAAGGACAAACCAGCAAGGAGGAUGAGCAACAAGCUACAGAGAAUACGAAAUCUGCAACACCGAGACGGCCUGGAGAAUGGAAUUGGGAUGGGGUGUGGGAGGAUCGAGUCAAGAAGAAUGUUUCUUCUAGUUUAUCAGAGCCCGUUCUUUACGGCGAGACCAAAAUGUCGGACGACCUGAUCAAGUUCCUUGCGAUGGAGCAUACCGAUAUCGAUUCGGUAAAGGACAAUCUUCGCCGAACCCUCGGUCAGAUUUAG